AUGGCGCAGAAUUUGCAACACUGGCUGUGCUGCAUAUGCGCUUGCAAGAGAUCUUGGCAUAUUGCUGCACUUGCCUUCACUGCCGCUGUCUACGGGUUAGCACUGAAAGAAGUCGAUGGCUCCAGAACGUUCACCAGCGCUUCCUGGCAACAAAUCCUCGACAACUUCUAUCCCGACCAAAACAGCAAUGCAAUGCGUUUAUCGGAGCGCGAAGUAGUUCCGAACUGGGAUGCCACCAUGCAGGCAGACGAUGUGACAAAGGCUUUGAAUGCAUUUCAGACAUUUUGCUGGUUCAAACAUGGCUUGGAUGACCAUCUUCCCUCUCUGUGGACGUGCGACAUCAGGGAUGUGAAAGUGGAUCUGUCGGAAGAUGGUCCUCGGGAUCCUGAGAUGAACUGUUCUGCAGACUUCCUGGCUCAUCACAUCGUGCAGGGGGAUGACCCGCGUUGCGUGCCUUGGGGAGAGAAGUCCCUUCCGUCACUGUCCUUGAAUGUGGAUCCCAUGUUCGAUGAGUACGAGGUGCACUCUUUGAGUCCAAUGUUUGCACCACUUCAAGAUACGUUGUCAGACAUGGGGCAACGGCUUGCAGCCAUUGAAGCUCGCCUGAAAAUACCUGCAUCAACAACCAGGCGUCCGACCGACUGCGGAGCAAUUUCACAAGGUUGCUGGUACAAGCAGAAUGCAACCGCACCGCUUCCGGAAGCUUUUCCAUGCUCCUGCUUCGACAAAUCCGGUAUUCCCAGCAGUACCUGCCGAAAUCAUCACUGGGGCUUGGUGCAACUGUGCCAGCCGUCUCGGCUGAAAGUCACUUUCUUAAUCUUCCAGAAGAUGCCUCCCAUGUUGCGCCAGCCGUCUAACAAAUUUGUUGAGUGGUUUCUUAUUCAGAUGGACUUUGCUAGAAUCGCCGGUGCGAUGAAUGUUGGAAGCGGUUUGUACCGGAGUCAUUUGUGGCUGCAUGAGGAGAGGAUGGCGCCGACAGGAAGCUAUGCCUUCGAUGGGCUCCUGGUGACGUGCGUGAUCGUAUCAUUAGCUUGGUUCAUAGGGCAGGCACUGGGAUCUUUCCUCUUCUUUUUGCCGCGAAAUGUCUGUGCAUUACUGAUCCUCAAGGGAGAUGAGCAACAUGCACAGCGCCAUAUCCCCUUGCAUGUUUUCAAGGAGUAUCUCAGUCAAUGCGUCGUAGGCAGACCGUCGCGUUUGCACUAUGUCAACCACUUUGAAGCUACCAUGGAAGUCAUUGUGGGCAUCUUCAUGCUUGCAGGCAUUAUCCGAAGCAUCUUCAAUGGUGGGGACCAUUGCGAAAUACAAGAUUGCAGCCAUCAUUCUGUAUUGGAGCGGGCAAUUGAAGACUCAUACGUUGUUCUCCUAGAUGAUGAUUUCUGUCAUGGCACAGCCUGGAUCCUCCUUUACGUUACUAUCAUUUUUGCUUCGCUCUCCUUGGUUGAUCGAUUUCGUUGGCUGCCGAGCGCCAUUUUACUUUGUGCAGCACGGCUGGUCUCUUUUCUGCUGGCAUAUGGCCUUUUGCUUUGCGGCGCUGGUAUCUUUAUGUUCGUGGCAUUCGGGCCCCGCUACGUUCAGUUUGCUUCGCCGGCCCGUUCCUGUUCGGAACUGUUCUUCCUCACCUGCGGCAUGCCCAUUUCCGUGUUUGAUAAUGUACGCCCGUUCCAGGAUUCCCACUCAUUUCAGGUUGCAUUUGCGCUGGCCCUCUAUUGUUUGUUCAUGUCCAUCAUUGGCCUGAAUUUCUUCACCACUAUUAUACUUGAUGCGUACAGUCAAGCCCAUGAUGUGAGCGCAGCAGAUGUGCAGCUUGAGCUGAUGGGCGAUGACUUCUGUCGCAGCCUAAUGCAGCUCCUUGGGUUGGGACGGGAAGGCUAUGUAGCAUCAUCUGACCCGAGCGGCCCCAGCAGCUCACCAUCAGUAUCUGAUGCACCAAGCGAGACGGCGGAGGAAGCUGAGCAGCAACAGGCUUUGGUAGCUUCUGAGGCAUGA